CUGAAGUCUGUAAACUGAAUCUAGCUCUGACUCAGGGACCUUACCCUCCAGGAUACUGCUGGCUACAGGAAGUCCUCGCGGCUGUCUACAACAGAGCACACACGCCUGUUCUCCGUUUUGACGACAUGCUCUAGUUGCUUGCCUGGAUGGCAAAUUCAGCUCAAACUUCUCUCAGUUCAUUGACGGCCUCCGAACGUGGUUUGACGUGCUCCAAGCCAGCAAGUGGCGCUAAUGUAAUGCAGUCUUACACCGUUCGCGGUUGAUGAAUAGAAAACACAGCACGUGACAUUGUUGUUUACAAAGGUAUCUACUAGGUAGCGUAAACCCGCUAGGCUGAAGCAGACAGAUGUUUCAACAUUUAUUUGAUAAAACAAACAGUUAGACUUUCAUUGUCCUCGCCAAUAUGUCCAAACUACAGUUGCUGAAUGUGUUCCUUACCGAGCGUUUGUCGGCGGCUGCUGUGGAGAUAUUCGGGGCCGUAGAGAAGACUAUAGCAGAGUAUCGGGAAGAAAUCUUCCGUUCAGCAAAGGAGAACGAGCGUCUACGGAGGGAGAUGGACAUGAUUAUCAAAUCAGAGAUACAGUUAUACAGAACAGACUUCCAGCUACUCACUCCCUCUGUUCCCCCUGAGCAGCAGAACUGUGAGCAGGAGUGGAGCCCCAGUCUGGGGCAGGAGGUCCCAGAACCCACACAGAUUAAAGAGGAACAUCAGGAGUUCAGACUCAGUCAGGAGGACCCACCUCAGCCCUCACAUCAUUACCAAAACCAAACUGUGGAUGAUGGAGAGAGGAGCGCUCGACCUAUCAUCAUAACUGAAGAGAUCAAAAUAGAACCUGAUGUAGAGGACUACAGAGUACCACAACCAACCAGUGAUCAGCCACUCUCAGUUCAUCCAGACUGCUCUGCUACACUGGAAAAACCAUAUUGGUGUCAACAAUGUGGCAAAAGCUUCACACACUUCCAGCUACUCACUCUAGUCAUUCCCCCUGAGCAGCAGAACUGUGAUCAGGAGUGGAGCCCCAGUCUGGGGCAGGAUGACCCAGAACCCACACAGAUUAAAGAGGAACAACAGGAGCUCAGACUCAGUCAGGAGGACCCACCUCAGCCCUCACAUCUUUACCAAAACCAAACUGUGGAUGAUGUAGAGAGGAGCGCUCUACCUAUCAUCAUAAUUGAGGAGAUCAAAACAGAUCCUGAUGGAGAGGACUACAGAGUAGCACAACCAACCAGUGAUCAGCCCCACUCAGUUCAUCCAGACUGCUCUGCUGCAAUGGAGAAACUAUAUCAGUGUAAACAAUGUGGCAACAGCUUCACACGUAAGGGACACUUGACCAUCCAUUCAAGGAUACACACUGGGGAGAAACCUUAUCAGUGCAAACAAUGUGGUAGAUGUUUCAAUGUUAAGAGUAACCUGAAACAGCAUAUGAGAAUACACACAGGACAGAAAUCUUAUCAGUGCAAAGACUGUGGCAAAUGUUUCAGUCGGAAGUGUGACUUGGACAGACACACAAGGAUACACACAGGGGAGAAAUCUUUUCAGUGUGAAGACUGUGGCAACGCUUUCAACCAGAAGAUAGAAUUGACAUUGCAUAUGAAAGUUCAUAGAGGACAGAGAACAUACAGCUGUCCUGUAGGCAGGAAAAGUUACAUGGCAUUAAGCCAUUUAAGACGUCAUCAGAGCGUUCACACAGGGGAGAAACUUCCAUCAGUGCAAAGAAUGUGACAAAUGCUUUAGUUAUAAAGGAAGCUUGAAGUUGCAUAUGAGCACUCACACAAACGGGAUACAUAAUAUCACUGCAAUAAGUGCAGCAAAAGCUUCAGCCUGAAGUGAAUCUGAAGUGAAAACAACUAAUUAUACUUUAUCAUUGUGGAUUUCUUGUUACAUCCAACUUUAAAUUAAUGUUCUAUUUUCUGGCACUAGACAAAAAAACAAAUUGAGUUGUGUGUGUGGAGGGGGAAGCAUCACUCAGUGUCAGCUUUUUAAGAGGAAUCUGGCUCUCACUUUCAGGGACCUACCCUCCAGGACACUGCUGGCUUCAGGAUGUCCUCACCACUGUAUCUAGCACAGAGCACACACUUGGAUUUCUAAACAACAGGAGUUCUUAUUCAAUUGUUUAACAAUGACAUACAGGAUAUCUUCUAUCUGUACUGAUGGCUGCAUGUUAGAAUAUUGAAGUGGCUCAUCACAUAUGUAUUGACUCAAUACAGCAAAUAAACUUUGUUUUAAUAAAGUUGUUUAUUUCAAUGGA